AUGCUGGAAAUUGGCACAAACCUGCUCUCGCACACGGCUGAGCAGACCAGGAAGCUGAACGUGGUAGAAGCAAAGGUAAUGAACCACACAUCGCGCAUAGAAAUACAACUCCUGGAGAAUUCUCUGUCCACGAACAAGUUGGAAAAGGAAUUGUUACUGCAGACCACGGAGAUCAGUCAGCUCAGGGACAAGAACAGUCGUCUGGAGAACAAGGUGGCGCUGUUGGAGUCCCAGCAGAGAGGAGAGCUGGAGGGAAUAAGGCAGGAGAAGAACAGACUACAGUCCGUGGUGCGCUCUCAGAUGGCUGCGAUCGAGGCUCUGGAGAAACAGCUGCUUGUCGCCAGCACAAACAACUCAGCUCUGCAGAGUCAACAGGCCGAGCUGAUGGAGUCAGUGCACACGCUGAUCAACAUGGUCAGCACUGCACCGCCCCCUGUCAGGAGCCAGGUGUGGAGAGACUGUGCAGAUGUUUACAGAGCAGGACAUUCUAGCUCCGGACUGUACUUCAUCUACAUCAGCAACAGGACACGGCCUUUACAGGUGUUCUGUGACAUGGACACGGCUGGCGGGGGCUGGACCCUGUUCCAGCGGCGGAGUAAUGGCAGCGUGGACUUUCAGAGGAGUUGGAGAGAAUAUAAAAUGGGCUUCGGCGAUGUGUCCGGAGAGCACUGGCUGGGGAACGAGGCACUGCACCUGCUGAGCUCUCAGGGUCAGUACUCCCUCAGAGUGGAGCUGGAGGACUGGGAGGGAAACGCAGGCCACUCCCAGUACGAUCGCUUCACAUUGGCCAGUGAGCGGCAGCAGUACAGGUUGUACCUGCGAGGCUACAGCGGCACAGCAGGCAGACAGAGCAGCCUGGCCACUCAUGGGAUGGGCUUCAGCACCAGAGACCAGGACCAUGACAACUGUGACCACUGCAAAUGUGCACUCAUGCUCACUGGAGGUUGGUGGUUCGAUGCCUGCGGAUUCUCCAACCUCAACGGAAUCUAUUACUCCAUUGGCCACAACAUCCGAAAACUCAAUGGAAUCAAGUGGCACCAUUUCAGAGGGCCGAGUUACUCGCUUCGGUCCACCGCCAUGAUGGUCCGUCCAUAUGAUUUCUGA